AAUGACCCUGUAAAUCUAUAAUUUUCUCUUUCGUCCCCAAAGAAAAUCGAAAUACAAAAUAUAGUCUAGUUGACCGGCGUUUCUUCUAAGCGGUAGAAAGGGCGGCGAGAAAGAGAGAGAGACGAGGAGGAGGAAGGAGCUGAGUUUUGGCUGCUGGGAGGUGAAGCGUAAGAAUUUUCUGCAAUCUUUCUGCCGUUGGAUCGUUCUCUGUUUCUUCUCAUCUUGAGGAUUAACCUAAAAUUAAGUCAAGUCAAUUUCUCUUCGGAUUUUCCUCAUUUUUUUUGUUUAUUCACUAAAUUUUCCAUCGUAGGUCCGGUAACAAUGGCUCUCAAUCCUCUUGAUGCUUUAGCUCUGGAAUAAAAAUGCAAUUUUUUGGGGAUUUGAAUGCGGGAUAUGUGUAUUGGAAGAACGGCAUCGUGAUUUUAGUUGCUCGUAUUCUGUGUUUUGUAUUUUUGCUGUGGGGGAUAUAGAUUUUUAUAGCGCAUCUUGUUACCGAUUGUGCGAUCUAGCUUUUAUGUUUCUCUGAUCUGCAAGAAUUUGUUGAUCUCGUUGGUUGUAACUUGUAAGAUCUUGAUGUUCUCCUUGCGUUAGAUUUGAUGAACUCUAUGUAAUUGUGUUAUUUUCUAAAGAUAUGCGAUUCGACCCUCUCAUCUUUUGUAACUUAGAGUUAGAAGUACCUCGGUGCUCACACCCUAGUGAAUUUUCUGUAAUCUUCCCUGACAGUUGAUUGGUGUAUUUAUGUCACUGGAUGAUGUGAAUUUAAUUAUCAAUUUUAAAUGAUUUAAAAUAGGCGGAGAUAGAUAAUCGUCAGCUAGUUAACAUAAAUGGAUCCUACGCCCGAUGACCAUUUAGAUUUUGGUGACGAGGAAUGUGGAGGAAGCCAAAAGAUGCAAUUUCUUGGAGGCGGAACUAUCCCUGCACUUGCAGAUGAUGAAAUGAUGGGCGAGGAUGACGAGUAUGAUGAUCUUUAUAAUGAUGUUAAUGUUGGAGAGGGUUUUCUUCAGAUGCAGCAGUAUGAGGCACACAAACCUCCUGAUUCUGUUGUGAAUGGAGUAUCCCAAGCUCCGGGAAACAGUACACCUGAACCAAAAGUGGAAACCGUAACUCCUCCAGAUAUGAAACCUGGUUUAGUCAGUACUGGGCUGCGAUUUCCUGAGCAAAAGAGUGGGUAUAAUGCUGAAAGAGGUCCGGAUCAAGCUGCUGCUUCUGCUGCUGAAAAAGCAAGGCCUCCAUCAAUGACUCAUGAUGCUACUGUGAGUAACAUGGGAUUUCAACCAUCAGUUGCUAUGUCUCACAGAGCUGUUUCUGAUCCUGUUCAUGAAAUAUCUGGCAAAGUUGCCAAUGAGUCUUUGUCACUGCUGAAUUCUGGUUCAGUUGGGGGUUCAAGAGCUCCAGUAAUGCCGACUCAUCAAAUGAGCUCUAAUGCCAAUCCUGACAUGAACCACCCUAUGAUCAAUGAAAAUCAGAUGAGGCCAGCCAUAGAGAAUGGAUAUACAAUGCUCUUUGUGGGGGAGUUGCAUUGGUGGACUACGGAUGCUGAUAUUGAGAGUGUACUAGUUCAAUAUGGGAAAGUGAAGGAGAUCAAAUUCUUUGAUGACAGAGCUAGUGGGAAAUCAAAGGGUUAUUGUCAAGUGGAAUUUUAUGAUCCUGCAGCUGCUUCUGCCUGUAAAGAAGGAAUGAAUGGCCACAUUUUCAAUGGCCGACCUUGUGUGGUUGCAUAUGCUACUCCUCAGACAAUAAAACAGAUGGGUUCUUCUUAUAUCAACAAAACCCCAACUCAAGUUCAAACUCAACCAGUACAAGGAAGGAGGCCCAUGAAUGAAGGACUGAACAGAGGUAGUGGAACGAAUUUCCCCGGUGGAGGAGAUGCAGGAAGGAAUUUUGGUAGGGGAGGAUGGGGACGUGGUGGGCAGGGAAUGGCAAACAGAGGUCCUGUGGGUGGGCCUGGAAGAGGAAGAGGUGUUAUGGGGGCAAAGAAUAUGAUAGGUAAUGUACCUGGACCUAAUGUUGGUAUGGGGGUUGGAGCUUACGGACAGGGUCUUGCUGGUCCUGGUUUUGGUGGUCCUCCAGGUCUCAUGCAUCCACAGGGCAUGAUGGGUCCUGGAUUUGAUCCUGGGUACAUGGGUCGAGGAGCUGGUUAUGGUGGCUUUUCUGGCCCUGCUUUUCCAGGUAUUAUUCCUCCCUUUCCCGCUGUUAACCCAAUGGGGCUGGCUGGGGUGGCUCCUCAUGUCAACCCUGCCUUUUUUGGCCGUGGGAUGGGAAUGAUGGGUGGUACAACGGGGAUGGAUGGUCCUCAUCAAGGAAUGUGGACUGAUACAAGCACAGGCGGUGGGUGGGAAAGGGAAGAGCAUGAAAGAAGGACCAGAGAGUCAAGUUAUGGUGGUGAUGAUAAUGCAUCUGAAUAUGGCUACGGAGAUGCCAGCCAUGAAAAGGGGGCCAGGUCAACUGCAGUUUCUAGGGAGAAGGAGCGAGCUUCAGAGCGAAUUUCAGAACGUGCCUCAGAGCGUGAUUGGUCGGGCAACUCUGAGAAGAGGAAUCGGGAUGAGAGAGAUAAUGACAGGGACAGGUAUGAUAGGGAUCACAGGUACAGGGAAGAAAGAGAUGGUUACAGGGACUAUCGUCACAAAGAACGGGAUUUAGAUUAUGACAAUGAAAGAGGACACUCUUCAAAAUCUCGAAGCAGAUCCCGAGCAGUGCAGGAGGACGAUCAUAGAUCUCGUUCAAGGGAUGCUGAUUAUGGAAAGCGUAAAAGGCUUCCAUCUGAGUAACAUAGUAUUGCUACAAUACUCUGUUAUUUUUUACAGGUCUUAGUUGGACUCCUAUCACCAAGUCCACAAUAUUAUCCUCAUAACAUCCUUCUGCAGACUGCUUGAAGGGGUUGCCGCUCUUCCUAAGCUCCAUGAAGGAGCAGAGAGGCAACUCUUUGUUUUCAUGUCUAAACCUGCAUAAGUUGGUUACAUGGAGGAGGAUGAGUAAACUUGGCUGAGUUCUUUGACAAUCCUAGUUUUUGGCCAUAUUUUGUUUUCCUUGUGAAAUCUACAUGCGGUUUCUCUUCAUGAUAGUUUGCAUAGAAGAUAACAAAUCAUGAUAUUGCCUGUUUCUGGAGAAGUAUUACCUUGAAAUAGGGAUUUCUGCUUUCAUAAAUCCCACUUUAAGCUCUGUGUAGACUCUUUUUUGUACUCUUUUCUGUACAUGUAAGUGUUCCAGUCCAAUACUUGUUGCCUUUGUACCAGCCUGUAAGAGUGUUGUACUGAGUCUGAACCCCUUAUUUCAGUUAAUUGGUUCAGCUUUAGUCUCUAGAGCAGUCAGGCUGAACUGUUGUAAAAUUUAUUUUUCCUCUGUAAAAUUAAGCAAAUACCCAUUCUAGUGGAGGGUUACUCGUCGUUCCCAUGGAAAAUGUAUGAAUCUAUGAGCUCUAGGAUACAAGAGAAAGUGUGCCCUUGGUUAGCCAUCUGAUGAGCGGCUUUAUUGGGAACCGUUGCAUAUUGCAUCCGUUUUUGCAGGGUUGUUCCUGCAACCACGAGCUUAUAUUCUGUGAUUUGUAUGUAACAAAAAAUCCCAUUUUAGGAGUUCCCUUUGUGUUGUAAUCAGGUCAUAUCUUUUUGGUAAUCUGUAAAUAUGGGUUUUUUUUGUAGUUAGAUUAUAUUAUAUCCCACCUGUAAUAUUUCGAUCCAUGUAAGUAUGUAACACCAUCUGUGCCUGAGGGUUGUUGAUGUCUGUAGAUUUUUUCUCUUUACCCUUUCAAAUUCACCU